AUGGCGUCUAGCUUUCUUGUGCAUCGCACUGCUCACGUGUCAGCCCGUGCGGCCACGGGUGGGCCAAGAAGUCCCGUUUCCUCGCAGCAACCACCACUGCUAUGUCGUGUCUCCCCAUCUUACGCCCGAUCGCCCUACGCCUCACCUGUGGUCGCACACACGGAUGCGACCGCCUCCUCGUCCGCACCACUAGACGAUGCGUCGCGCAUGCCUCUCGAUUUACUGGAGCCAGCAGCGGCUCGCUGGGCGUCGACGGCGGGCCGUGGAGGUCGUCGGGCACCUCGCGUGCGCAGCACUCUGGGUCCGCAGAGCGAAGUCGUUGACACCGGUGUUUUCGUGUGCCCCAACACAGUUGUGGCUGCCCUCUACUCAGCUGCACCAGGACGUGGCCAUGUCGUGGUGACGGCCGAGUCGGGCGGGUGGUUGCGGGUACGCGAGCAGCAGACUGGCGCCAUUCGCCAUCAGCAGCAACUGCGCGAUGGUGGCGAGGUGUCGUGCUUGGCGUGGGCGUCAGCAGCUGACGACGCAGCGGUCGCGCCGUUCGGCGCAGUGGUAGUGGCUGGUCAGCUCAGCGGACUCAUCAGCUUCUACGUUCUGGUCGGGGAGUCGCUAGUGGAGCUGCCGUCCGCCAUGUGUGUGUUCCACGAAGCCCCGCUGCUGAGUUGUCUGCCGCUGCGUGCGCCGGCCUCGUCAGUGGAGACAGCGUCGACGGUACCCGGCGCCUUCGUGGGCGCGUUGCUCUCGUUGGACGCCGACGGCGUCGUGGCGCUGUGGUGCCUGCAGAUGGCUGAGGCGGGCGAGGGCGCCGGUCGAGGGGGUGAGGCAGACACGCGGCUCUCGGUGCUGCUGCUGGACUCCAGAUACGCUUCUCUGUCGCCGCCUGAGCGUUUUCUGGGCAACACGAGGGUUCAGGAUGCCGAGGAGGCAUCGCUGUUCUCACCGUUCCCGCCGGUGGUUAUGACGGCCGCCGCUCUCUCACACCCGUCGAGCUCCCCAUGCUGCGUGUUAUCGACCCACCGCUUUGUGCAGCAGCACCUCUCUGCGGCCGGUGCCCCAAGCCACGAGGACGAGGAGACGGAUGCGCAAGGGAGCGCCGUCGUGUUUCUCUCCCACUUCACAACCUCUGCUGCCGACCCGAACGCCACCGUGCUGGCGGCAAACAAAGGCACCUCGACGAGUUUGGAGGAAGGGGCACCCAUUCCAGACAGCGCGCAACCCCGGCUCUGGAGGGGGUGGGAGGUGCUGCGUGCGUAUCGGGUGCCCGUGGCACUCUUGCGGCAGAGGGGUUGUGGGGCCGGCGCUGCCUCCGCCGACGCUGCACAUGUGGAGGUGGCUAUCACCGCCCUCUGUGUCACAGGGAGUACUGUGCCGGCGGGGCAACUAUGGGCUGGCACCGCUGACGGCCGUCUUCUCAUUUGGAAGGCACAAACAGGUCAGUUUCUGCGCUGCCUGUGCUCCGCCUCUGCGGCACCGGUGCACAGUCUGACGAGCGUGCCGUCGCCCGGUUCACCUGGGCAGGCGCUGGUAUGGGCGAGUCAAGCGGAUGGCAGCGUGGUGGCGUGGAGUGCAGAGACGUUCAACGUGGCGGAGGUGCUGCCCGUCAGUUACCCACCAUCUGGCCCACUGGAGAGUGGGAGGGGUCAUGCAGAGGACUCGGUGAGCGGCGGCGAUCCUGCGAACGUGGUGGUGAUGGUGCGCGACGCCGUCGACCUCCUGCGUGCUACCCGCCACCGCUGCGCUCCGUCGGCGUCGUCGGCUCCGUGGCGUCGCGGCUGUGGCUUCACACUCUUCGUGAAGCCUAUGGAUCAGGUUUGCAUGCAGCGCGCGUGGUCGGUAGCCACCGACGGAACUGUGCGUACGUGGCUGCUUCCCACCGGGAGCGCAAGCGCGGACGGUGCUGUGACGGACACGGCACCAGUGACCGUUGUUUCUACACCGACAAGCAACGCAGAUGGUGCCGCCCUCGCUGCCUCGUUGGACGUCUACACCGUCCAGUGCUACUUGCAAGACCGAGCCGACGCGUUGGUGCGUGAGCGGCAGGCGCAACGUCUGGCAUCGGAGGCCCAGCAGGAGCAGCUGCAGAUUCUGCAGGAGCGCAACAGCGUUUUAGCUGCCGCGCUGCAGCAGGCGAUCAGCCGUCUGGAGCGGGUGGGCGUAGACGCGCUUGUGAGGUCUGCGUCACGGCCAGGCUCGUCUUCAUCCACUGCGUCGUUACAGAACGAGGACGGCGCGAACGAGAUGCUGGUGGAGUCCACUGCUCCUUCACCAGGCUCUCUCGCCACCACAUCCACAACCACCCUCGCUGCUGCCUCUGACGCAGACGAACAGAUCGUCAUGGCAGCACAACCCGCUACCGCUGUCGCGAUGCCGGAGGCCGCACCGCCUCCACCACCGCCCCUGGCGACGUUGCCACCGAUGGCGCGGAUGCACUUGCAGACGCUUCAACAGCUUCUGGAGGAGCUGCACACCAAGCUCGAGGAGAGUUGGAGCCGCAACGAUGCUCUGCGCGAGGAGCUGCUUGUGUACCAACUUCGCACGCUCGAUCUGGAGGAAAAAACGGGGCUGUGCGUGCGCGCGAUUGCGGCCGCCGAGGCUGAUGUGGCGGUCUCUACAGGAGGCGCAGAGGGGCAAACCAGUGCGACAGGAGAGGUGGCAGCGACGGCAAUGCCCACGCCUGCGCCGCCACCACUGCUCCCCUCGUUGCAUACCGCUACCUCUCCCUUAUCCGUGGUUGCUGACAGCAGCUACGCACAGGAGGAGGAUCGCGCGCACAGCGACCGUCCGCAGACGCCACCACCCCUGAAAACCGCUCACACUCCUAAUGCGACGCGCGCGGCUGCCAUGGAUAGCAGCACCCCGUCUCGCGUGCCUUGCAGCCCGUCUGUGGAGGAGCUGGUGCACUGGCGUGUUAGCCAGGCGCGACCGCUGACCCCGCCGCCGCCGCUAUGGAUGCUACCUACUGAAAGUGCCUCCUACACACCCUCAGUGAAGCCACACGCCACAUCCCCAUCGCCCGUUGAGGCGAGCCUGAGGACCUCUACCGCAGCAGAGCGCUUCUUCAAGGCUGCAUCCGCCAUGUUGCAUUCUUCCACGAUCACCUGCGGGAGCGCAGCGAGGCGGGAGGGCAGUGUUGCGGGUCAGACACGCGUGCCGGCGCCACCGCUGCUGCUGGCCACCGCGGAGGAGGACGUGCAGGCCGAGGAGGACGACUACGCGGGCGGUGACGGCGAGGACGAGCCAGCUCUGUUGGAGGCGUGGUGCACAAGUGAGGGCGAUCUCAGUCCGAUACCGCGCCCCGGCUUCGCAGCUGCUGGUGGUGGUGUGACAUCUACGGACGCGUCCGCCGUACGCGGAGGCCCGCACGAGCCGUUGUCGUCCUCGCUCUUCUCUUUCCCAUUUACGUCGGACAACUUCUCCGCAGAGGACACUGCUGGCGGUGGCGGCGGUGCCGUCGACCGCCUUGGUGCACCUCGAGAUGCCUGGCCACCCACACGCGGGGCGGCAGCGUGGACAAUGCCGGCGUCUGCUGCAGGGCGCGGCAAUGCAACGACGGAUUAUGCGUGGGCACGGGCGCCGGCGGCUCCAUCUCGCCGAACCGGCUCGCUAGCUACUGGCAGUGCACCACCAGCAGCGGUAGGAACUGGUGUUGUUCGAAGAGCACCGAUGCGGUGCCCAAGCACAACGUCCGCCGCGGCGUCGCCGCCACGCGCCUUUCGCUCUCCAAUCAUCUAUCGACAAACGUAG